AUGAUAGAUCAUCGACAGAAAACAGAAUUGUGCGGAAAUGGUAAUCUUUGUCUUUAUGGAGGGAAAUGCUAUGAUCCAUUGGAUUACUACAAAUCCUCAUCAUCAUCGUCUACAACAAUCACCAGAAAACGCAUGUUGUCAAUAUUUUCUAACUGUAUGUGUGACGGUAUUAACUGCCUGAAAGAAUGGCCUGAUCCAAUAUGUGCAGAUGAUGGGGAAACCUAUUCAAAUCAGUGCUUUUUAAAGCGUGCAAUCUGUGAAACUCAAUCGAUGAAACGAGUACUUUAUCGCGGGAAUUGUGGUAAGGAUUCUCUUACUUGA